AUGGCUGAAAAAUACGACAUUGUCAUCGUUGGAGCCGGGCCAGUAGGGCUGAUGCUCUCGACCAUCCUGGCGCGAUGGGGUUACAAGAUCAAGCACAUUGACAACCGGCCGGAGCCCACUGCCACCGGCCGUGCUGACGGCAUCCAGCCACGCUCUCUCGACCUGCUGCGGAAUAUGGGCUUGAAGUCGGCCAUCAUGGCCCACCAUCCCGCCCGAGUGUAUGAGGUUGCCUUCUGGGACGCUGCCCACACUGGCGACGGUAUCGUCCGCACGGGAACGUGGGCUAGCUGCCCCGACUUCAUCGACGCCCGCUACCCAUUCACGGCUCUUCUGCAUCAGGGCCACAUCGAGCGGGUGUUCCUUUCCGAUCUCGAGAAGAACGGCGUCACAGUCGAGCGUCCCUGGACGAUCAAGGGCUUCAAGUCGGACGAGGCCGCGAACCCAGAGUACCCGGUCGAGGUCCACCUGGAGCACAUUGAUGGAACGGCAAAAGAGACUGUCCAGGCCAAGUACCUGUUCAGCGGGGAAGGUGCGCGGUCAAGUGUUCGGGAGCAGCUCGGCAUCGGUAUCAAGCACAAGGACCCCAUCGCAUACGUGUGGGGUGUCAUGGACGGCGUCAUCAAGACGGACUUUCCGGACAUCAAGAUGAAAUGCACAAUCCACUCCCGAGAGGGCUCGAUCAUGGUGAUUCCGCGGGAAGACAACAUGGUCCGGCUGUACAUCCAGAUCGCCUCGUCCACAGACCCAGACUGGCACCCGCGCAAGACAGCAACAGCAGAAGAGGUGCAGGCAACGGCAAAGAAGAUCCUGGCGCCGUAUACGAUCGAGUGGGAGCACCUUGAGUGGUAUUCCGUGUACCCGAUCGGCCAGGGCAUUUCAGACAAGUAUACCAUCGACCACCGUGUCUUCCUGGGUGGAGAUGCGUGCCACACACACAGCCCGAAAGCUGGUCAGGGCAUGAACACGGCCUUCCUGGACGCGCAGAACCUUGCCUGGAAGAUCCACCUGGUCGAGAAGGGGUUCGCGAAGCGCAGCCUGCUGCAGACAUACGAGUUUGAGCGGAAGGACGUGGCUGAGAAGCUGCUUGCCUUUGACAACAAGUAUGCCAAGCUGUUUUCGGCGAAGCCACCAACGGCCGACCAAGUGCAGGCGGCGGGCGACUCCGGUGCUACGGGCAACGCACAAGCCACGAGCCCAGACGACUUUGAGAACAACCCGUUUGUGCAGACGUUCAAGGAGAGCUGUGAGUUCACGAGCGGCUACGGAGUGGCGUACCAGCCGAGCGUCAUCACCUGGUCGCCCGAGCACCCGGCACAGACGGCCACGGCCAACCCGGCAGGAAGCAAGCUGCGGCCAGGGCGGCUGUUUGUCAACGCCAAUGUGACGCGAGUGGUGGAUGCCAACGUGGUGCACCUGGAGCAGGAGGUACCGUUGAACGGGUCUUUCCGGAUCUUUGUGUUUGCUGGCGAGCCAGACAAGACGGCACAGGCACUCAAGGACCUGGAGAGCGGGCUGCAGCGGAGGGGAUCGGUCUUUUCCGCCUACAGACGUGCGGACGAGGCCGCGGUGACCCAUCUCGAGAAGCACAACCCGCACAGCCACUUCUUCACCUUCUGCAUCAUCUUUGCGCGCCGGCGCGGCGGCAUCGAGAUCAGCCGCGACGUGCCCGGCCUGCUGGCCCGCUACCGUGACCACGUAUAUGCGGACGACCGCGGCGUCGACGCACCAGCACACGCAAAGAUGGGCUUCGACCCGCGCAAGGGUGGCGUCGUGGUCGUGCGGCCAGACGGCUACACGGCCUUUGUGGCCGGCCUCGAAGAGGGCAGCAGCACCAUCGACGCGCUGGACCAGUACUUUGCGUCCUUCUGCGCCGCCAAGAUGGGACCUUCCGCGCAGUUGUAG